GGGGGGCAGUAUAUCUAAGUGAUAUAGAGGUCCUCAGUCAUCGCUGAAAAGUAAACCCUGACAAGACUAUAGAAAAUGGCUGUUUGUAACAAACUGGAAUUGGGUCACUAGUACUUGCUUACAAUGUUCAAACCAUCAAAGUAUUCCUCAAACCAACUGAAGUAUUACUUCAAUGUAUGCUAUUUGAUGUACUGACUAAUGUGUACUUUGUACUCAGGAAAAAGCCAUCAUCUGUCAGAGUUGAAGAUUGUGCUGCUAGGAUACAGAAGAGCUGGGAAGAGAUCAUCAGGAAACACCAUCCUGGGCAGAGAGGAGUUUGAUACUGUAUGGAGAACAGCUCAGUGUGUGAAGAGACAGGGGCAAGUAGCAGGGAGGCAGGUCACUGUGGUGGAGGCUCCAGGAUGGUGGAAGAAUUAUCAGUUAGAGAAAACUCCUGAACUGACUAAAAAUGAGAUUGAGCUCAGUGUGUCUCUGUGUCCUCCUGGACCCCACGCUCUGCUGCUGGUCAUAAGUGUGGACAAUCCAUUGACUGAGACACACAGAAAAUCAGUGCAGGAGCACUUGGAGCUUCUCAGUGAGAGAGUGUGGAGGCACACUAUACUGAUGUUCACCUGGGGAGACUGGCUGGGAGACACAUCCAUUGAGCAGCACAUUGAGAGUGAAGGAGAGAGUCUGCAGUGGCUGGUAGAGAAAUGUGGGAACAGAUAUCAUGUCCUCAACAAUCAGAAGAGAGAAAAUCACAUGCAGGUUACACAGCUGAUGGAGAAGAUAGAAGAGAUGCUGACUAUGAUUUAA